AUGAACUUGAAUUAUUCUACCUUUCUGUCUCAUCUGUGGUCGAAUAGAGAAGGAAGCGAACACAUUUUAGUUUUGGGAGUAUGUUCUUUUUUUCUUUCGUUCAUCUACUCUUUCUGUAUGAGCUCGGACUUCUACGAUCUCCUGAACUAUUCUAAUUUUUGUAUCACCAAUUGCCUGGAACCCACCAAAAAGGAGCGACAGCCUUGA